AUGACGUCAUCUGCUUCUACAGCCACUCCCGUGAAGCAUGCCUUUGACAGGCGUGUUGAGGACAUGAAGUCACCGAAAAGUGACAUCAACGCCCUGAUCCUGGACUAUCUUACCAUGGAAGGAUACCCAAAUGCGGCGGCCAACUUUUCCAAGGAGGCGAACCUCGUACCUCAUCAGGAAACACCGUCUAUCAUGGCUAGACAGGAAAUUCAAAACUGUAUUCACAGUGGCAAUAUCCAAACAGCAAUUGAGACACUGAAUGAUUUCGAUUCAGAGAUCUUAGAUGAAGAUAAAGCACUGCACUUUGCUCUGUUGAGACUUCAACUAGUCGAACUCAUUCGCAACUGUAAUGCAUCUGGUGGCGACAUCCAGCCAGCCCUUAAGUUUGCAACAGAGCAAUUAGGUCCCCGAGCGCCGACGAACUCCAAGUUUCUUGAAGACCUAGAGAGAACAAUGGCCCUGCUUUUGUUCCCCUCGGAUUCUCUAGAGCCACAAUUGGCAGCGUUGUUGCAGCCAGAGCUCCGUCGAGAAGUCGCUGAUAAUGUCAAUCGGGCAAUCCUGGAACGGCAAUCCCAAAGACGUGAAGCAGCUAUUCGCCAACUUGUGAGGAUGCGUGUCUGGGCUGAAAAUACUGCUCGUGGCAAGCAUAAAAGCAUUCCUGACCGACUGGACAUAGGCCUAAACGGAGAAGAAUCCGAUAGUCCAGGCAGGCACCAGGCUGGAAACGGCCAUGAUCCCAUGAUUACAACGUGA